AUCGCGCUCGAUCGCGCUCACUCGUUGUUUAACUGGCUCAAUGCGCGGAGGUGAUCGUAUUGUUGCGCGAAGUUGGCUUGUCUUGGAACAGAGUUCGCCUAGCACCACCUGCCCGGUCUAGCCCAGCCCAGCCCAGCCCAUAUUGCGGCGUCGAACGGAAGCGUGGUUUUAGUGACUUGAACGGGUGAAGAUGAGAUGAACGCUUAGUCAUUGAUGCGUUUGAGUUUGUUUACUACUUAUUUUUGUGCUACCUCUUGAAUCGUCUUGAGUAUUCUAUAGUGUACCAAGUUCGCCGGAAUAUUAACUCAUCCUCUUCAACCAAAGGACGAAAACAACACACACAAUGAAGAAAGGUACGAAAGCCAUCACGAAAGCGGACGCGUACCGCUUCACGCUGUCGGACGAGUUGCGCCUAAUCGCCAAAGAGGAGCUGCGUGAAACGCAAGCCACACGCGACCAUGCGCUUCAGAUGCUGCGCGAAUGGGCUGAAAAGAAUCCUCGCAUCGUCAAGAUUCGUAUGGAUGCAAACUUUUUCCUUAAGUUUCUGCGCGCGAAAAAGUUCCAAAUUCCGGUCGUACAGGAAAACAUCGAGCGGUACGUACUGCUGAAGAAUGCGUUUGAGGGCGCGUUUAAAAAUCUCGACUGCCGACUGCCCAAGAUGGCCAAGCUGAUCGACCAGGGCUAUAUGUUUGCCUUGCCGGAGCGCGAUCGUGAAGGUCGACGGGUGAUCUUCUACCGGCCGGGCGUGUUCGAUCUGCGGGAGUACACCAACGCCGAUAUGCUGAAAAUUCACGGCAUUUGCUACGAAACGCUGAUGGCGGACGAGGAGAACCAGAUCCGGGGUUUCAUUCAUGCCGGCGUCGGCACCGGCAUUGGGCUGCCGUAUCUAACGCUGUUCACCAUCAAGGAAGCGGUAAGGAUUGCGAAAAAUGGCGAAAAGAUACUGCCGAUGCGCCAUCGCGAGAUGUACGGGUGCAACAUCAAUCCGGCGAUGAAGGUGGCGGUCGACUUUGGCAUGUCGCUGAUCUCGCAGAAGCUGCGCGAGCGCAUCCGGCUGUACACCGACAUUAAGGACAUCGAGCUGGAGAAGCGGCUGCUGCCGAAAGAGUACGGCGGCGAGAUGCCGAUGGCGGAGAUGAUACGGCUGUGGAAGCUGGAGCUGGAAGCGUACCGCGGGCGGCUGCUCGCGGACGACGAGAUGUCGGUCAAUUUGGGCAUGUACUCGGACGCGGCCAAGGAGGGCUCGGUCGGUGCACUGAAGGAGCCCCUGAACGGGUGCACGGGCGCUAGCGAUAACUCGACGUACGGGUUGGCCGGUAGCUUCCGGAAGCUGGAGGUGGAUUGAUCACUGAUUGCGGUUUGAACGCGCGUUGAAGCAUGGCAAAGGUUUUGGGAACGUCCGGAAGGAAUGAUUCGUAGUAUGUAGGAUGUGUUUAAGAAUUAAGGUAGUUUCACACUGGUCCCGUGUAUCAAGUCGUUUUUUUCUAUAUACUUUGUGUAGGAUUUGUAUUUGAUACUGAGUAUGUGUUUUUUGUGUUUGCAAAUAAUAAAGUUACGAAACUUAAAAUUC